AUGGGUGUUAAGAAUGAGGAAUAUUUUGACAAGACCGCGAAAAAGACUAAGCAGACCGAAUCGAAGAAAGUUCCAGGCUUUCUUUCGCGAUUACUUUUCUUUUGGACUUUUCCAUAUUUUUAUUACGGCAAUCGUCGGGAUCUAGAAGAAUACGAUCUAGUGCCUGCGAAAUCUGAGUAUAGUUCAAAGUUGGUUGGUGAUGAGCUUGAAAGAAAUUGGUUAUUAGAAGAGGCGGCUGCCAAGGCUGCCGGUAGAAAGCCAUCGUUCAUUGGCACUUUAAGAAGAACCUUUUUUUGGUCAUUUAUUCCUGCUGGGAUUAUUCAAUUUCUGUCAGUUGGCAUUCGGACGACGACGCCACUUCUCUUCUCGGAGUUGCUUAAUUUCUGGUCCGUAAAUUCAACAACAAGUAGGGAGACCGCUACUUAUUACGCCAUCGGAAUGAUAUUAUGCAAUUGGCUGGCUGCCUUCAUGGGUCAUCACGGCAAUUUUCUGAGCCAGCAAUUCGGCAUGAAGUUGAGAGUCGCUGUCAGUUCUUUGAUGUUCAGAAAGAUCAUGCGGAUGAACAACGGCUCGUUAGGAGAGACGACCGCCGGAAAAGUAGUGAACAUCUUGUCUAACGAUCUCCAACGCUUCGAUUUAGCUUUCCUUUUCCUCCAUUAUACAUGGAUUAUUCCAAUCCAGUUAGUCGCGGUGUGCUACCUUGGCUAUAUGCAAGCCGGUAGUGCUGCUCUCAUCGGGUUGGCGGCUUUAAUUAUCAUCGCGUUGCCAAUACAAGGUGGUCUUGGACAAUAUCUUGGUAAAAUAAGAUUUCGGACGGCAGAAAAAACUGAUGAACGUGUUAAAUUGAUGAGUGAAGUUAUUAACGGCAUACAGGUUAUUAAAAUGUACGCUUGGGAAAUUCCAUUUCAAAAAGUAGUUGGUCAAAAGCGAAUGGACGAACUGAAAGAAAUAAGAGUAGCUUCUAUCUUAAGAGUAAUUUUCCUCGGAUUUAUGCUGUUUACAGAGAGAGCAGCCCUUUUUGUAACAGUUCUUGCUCUUGUAUUAUUGGGAAAUGUCAUGACUGCGAAUGUGAUUUACCCUUUGCAACAAUUUAUGAAUGCCGCGCAAUUAAACAUAACGUUAAUUUUACCUCUAGUGUUAACAUUUACCAUUGAAUUACUGGUUUCACUGAAGAGAGUAGAAGAAUUUCUAAUACUUGAGGACCGUUUCGACUUUAAUGAUACGACGGUACCACAAUCAAAACUGUUCCGGAAUAUAUCAAGCUUGAAAGACCCCAAGGACUCCUCUGUUAGACCUCUUUCUUACCAACCAUAUUCAGAAUUAUUUUCAAUGGAAGGUCCUUUGAGGAAGGAUAGGAUAUUUAGAAGGAGCCUGUCGCAGCCUUGUUUCGACAUGGCGGUAGAAUUGCGGGACGUAAGCGCCAGUUGGACUGGUGACCCGAAUUUCUUGGCACUGAAGAAUAUCUCCGUACGCAUACGCAAAGGAAAGCUUUGCGCAAUCAUAGGGGCCGUGGGGUCAGGCAAGUCCUCUAUCUUGCAACUACUACUGAAAGAAUUGCCUGCGGCAACCGGCAGCAUUUCCGUGUACGGAAAAGUCUCGUACGCUUGCCAAGAGGCGUGGCUGUUUCCGAGUACAGUUAGAGAAAACAUUUUAUUCGGCUUGCCUUACGACAAGGAGAAAUACAAACAAGUUUGUCGGGCUUGCUCUCUGGAAAAGGAUUUCAAACAGUUUCCUUACGGCGAUCAAACUCUUGUGGGUGAGAGGGGUGUAUCCCUCUCAGGGGGUCAGCGGGCCCGAAUCAAUUUGGCCCGCGCCGUCUACAGAGAAGCUGAUGUUUACCUUCUGGAUGAUCCAUUGUCCGCCGUGGACGCAAAUGUGGGUCGACAGCUGUUUGAGGGCUGCAUUAAUGGCUACCUCAGUGGACGCACGAGGAUAUUAGUCACUCAUCAGAUACACUUCCUCAAAGCCGCUGAUUUCAUCAUUGUUUUAAGCGAGGGUGGCAUCCAAAAUAUGGGGACUUUCGAUGAUUUGGUGUCGUCUAAUGCAGACUUUGCUUCAUUGAUGAACUCUUUACAAGAAGGAAAAGACAAAGACGCAGAAAACAAAUUGGUUACAAAAAUGGAGGAAAAGGAGAACCCCAAGUAUUUAAGGGCAGUGUCGAUAAAUGAAGGAGAAGAGCUAGAGCAAUUUGAAGAACAGAAAAUGGCUGCAGAAGAGAGACAAUCUGGGAAUCUUCGUUGGGAAGUUAUCACGAUGUAUUUUAAGUCCGGCGGCAGUAUUUUCUUUAUAAUUUUCACGUUCUUUGCGAUAUUCCUUGCGUCUGCAGCAGCUGGUGCCACGGAUUACUGGGUCAGCUUCUGGUCUAACCAAAUGGCAGAAUACGAAGAUUCGGUAGGGGAUGCGGAAAUGGAACCGGGAUUAGAUGUGCAGGUCGGUGCCCUGACAACUGGCCAAUAUUUGAUCAUACAUGGCUGCUUGGUUUUGAUCAUUGUUUUGUUCACCAACCUCCGAGCCAUACCUUUUGUUCAGUUAGUUAUUAACGCUUCGAAAAAAUUGCACGACAUGAUGUUUUCCACAAUGAUAAAGGGGAUCAUGCGUUUCUUUGACACCAGUUCUUCGGGUCGGAUACUUAAUCGUUUUACCAAGGAUAUGGGCGCAGUAGAUGAGAUAUUACCUAGAACUCUGCUUGAUGUUCUGCAAAUCUUUGGAACUUUGGGCGCAAUACUCGUCCUUAAUGCUAUAGCGUUGUAUUGGACAUUAAUACCUUCAAUAGUACUACUGACAUUCUUUGUGUUUUUCGUUAAACUCUAUUUAAAAGCUGCUCAAGGAAUUAAGCGACUCGAAAGUGUCACAAAAAGUCCUGUGUUUGGUGUGGUUACGUCGUCGCUGAAUGGGAUUGCUACUAUAAGAUGUUGCGAUGCUCAAAAUCGCCUAAUUGGUGACUUCGACGGACAUCAGGAUUUGCACACGUCUGCGUGGUACGGUUACUUGGGUGGAGGAAGCGCAUUUGGAUUUUAUUUAGAUACAAUGUGCUUAAUUUAUCUAGCAACUAUUAUUUUUGUCUUCCUAUACCUUGACUUCGGUGAUGUGAUGACAGUGGGCAGCGUGGGGCUGGCGGUGACCCAGAGUAACACUCUCACUGCAAUGUUGCAACAUGGCGCACGCAUGUUAGUAGAGUACUUGGCCCAGCUUACUAGUGUCGAGCGCGUACUGGAGUACACCCGGGUGGAAACCGAAAAAAAUCUAUUCGACGCACCGACACCAAUCCCACCGACGUGGCUUUCAGAGGGAAGGAUUGUAUUUCAAGAUGUGAGCUUACGUUAUGCCCCGAAUGAAGCUCCGGUGCUCAAGAACCUAAACCUAGUCAUUAAUAGUGGUUGGAAGGUGGGAAUUGUUGGCAGGACUGGUGCCGGCAAGUCUUCCCUAAUAUCUGCGUUAUUCCGUUUUGCCUAUAUCGAUGGAACCAUAUCUAUAGACGGUAUCGACACCGCUAUGAUCUCAAAACAGGGCUUGCGAUCUAAAAUCUCCAUCAUCCCGCAAGAACCAGUUUUAUUUUCAGCCACAAUUAGAUACAAUCUUGACCCAUUUAAUAUAUAUAGCGACGAGGAUCUUUGGAGAGCUCUAGAACAGGUAGACAUGAAGUCAGCGGUUCCCUCUUUAGAUUUUAAAGUAACAGAAGGCGGUGCUAAUUUCUCUGUGGGCCAGAGACAACUCAUGUGCUUGGCACGAGCUGUGCUGCGAUCAAAUAAAUUAUUAAUCAUGGACGAAGCUACGGCAAACGUAGAUCCGCAGACGGAUAACUUCAUCCAGCAAACGAUACGGCGUCAGUUCGCCUCGUGCACUGUCCUCACUAUUGCGCAUCGGUUGAACACCAUCAUGGAUUCAGACCGCGUCCUAGUGAUGAGUAGCGGCAGUGUUGCCGAAUUCGACCAUCCCUACAGGCUGCUCUCGGAUCCUAAUAGCAGUUUCUCGAGCAUGGUCCGUGAAACUGGAGAGAAAAAUAGUCGUCAGUUGUUCCAAGUUGCCAAAGAUGCAUAUUCAAAGAGCAAUCUGGAAAAGAAG